GCGGGCGUGGGGACUGAGGCAGGAAGGACUGAGAGACCUUGUGGAGAACGGCAUGCAGCUUCUUGGAGGUCGCGGUGCCCACCACUUUGACCCCAGUGUUCUUCCCUCCCCCUUUGGAUCCCAAGGCAGACCAAGAAAAUAGCCAGCAGGGUGCUUUCUCUCCCUUUGGCUCAUAAUGAACCGAGACUCGGAGCAAGUUACGGGUCUGGUCCAAGGUCAUGGCUGGGAUCAGUGACAGAGCCCAGAAGUGAACCUGAGACUUCUUGCUGAGCCAGGCUGGAGAGGACAGGAAGGAAACCCAGGAGGCAAGGGUCUCCUGCUAAGGAUUUGGCUGUGCCGGUGGUCAUCACAGUGGUGGGAGUUACAGCCUUGGACACUCUUCACAUCAGAAGUCAGUCAGCAGGUUGACCGAGCACUGGCAGUCUCCCAGCAUCAGCAUGAACUCCAGGGUCCCAGCUACUCAGAGCUGGUUCAGCGGCCACUCACCCACCACUGAGCCUGACUUGGAACCUGCCACUGAAGGGCCUACCACAGAGACCACCACCCUCAGUCCAGAAACCACAAGCUUCAAUGGCACCAGAAUCCCUGAUACAACAGGUGGUGCGGCUGGCGUGGGUACCAUGCUUCUGUCUUUCGGCAUCAUCACUGUGAUUGGCUUGGCUGUGGCCAUGGUUUUAUACAUCAGGAAGAAGAAGAGGCUGGAGAAGCUACGCCACCAACUCAUGCCUAUGUACAACUUUGACCCCACGGAGGAGCAAGAUGAACUGGAGCAGGAGCUACUGGAACACGGGCGAGAUGCAGCCUCCAUGCAGGCUGCUGCCUCCCUGCAGGCCACACAGGGCAAGAGCACUCUCCCUUCCCAAGGCCCACUGCAGAGGCCUAGCAGGCUGGUGUUUACGGAUGUGGCCAAUGCCAUCCACGCGUGAGUGGCCUGAGAACAGGCCUGGACCUCUGACAAAGACACCUGCCACAGUGCCAGCAGCUUCCUGACCGUCAAGACCUGCUCUCAGGACCUGAGCCAUCCCCACCACACGACAGGAAAGGGCUGCCACAGACCCCACCCGCCAACUCUCAGGCUUGAAGAGAGAGCGCUGCCUAGGCUAGAGCCAGCCAUCUGGCCACUGACUUCUCCUGAACCGAUGGCCCUGCCACAGAAGGCAGGAAGGCAAAGAGCCAUGGCUGGCUUCCUGGUCUCCUGGCCAAAACCCCUGACAUCACGGUCUGAAGGUCUGCUUUUCUGAUGGGGAGGAAGGGCACAAUCUGGAAGAGAAAGGGAGAAAACAGGAAGGCUCCCCCUAUCUAGGAUUGCUUUUUUUUUUUUUUUUUUUUUUUUUUUUUUUAGCCUGCAGCCUCCUAUAGGGCAGGGAGAGGCAAACCAACCUCCAGUUGACAGGGCAGGGCAACACCUUUUGGAGAGGUUUGGUUGUUUGUUUGUUUUUUGAGACAGGGUCUUGACUGGCUUGGAACUUGCUGUGUAGGCCAGGCUGGUCUCCAACUCAAGAGAUCCACCUGCCUCUGCCCCCCCCACCCCCAGUGCAGGGAUGAAAGGCGUGUGUCACAUCCAACUAGAACAGCACCAUUUGUAGGCCCAGGAGAUCCAGGGACAGACCUGGAAAUGUCCAGUAGAUGUCAGGGAAAGGGUUACCCAAAGCCAGGAGCUGUCCAUAGUUAGGAUAUUAUGGUGAGUCUCCCAGCCACAUACCAUUGGCAGCCGAGGUAGCUGAGGGAGAUGAAGUUGGGAGACUGGGAUGGAAAGGUGCAACUCCCCCAGAUGUGGAGAAAGGCUUCACGCAUGUGCAUGAGUGGACUGUACGCAGACAUGUGCCUGUUCCAGCAUAAGAGUAAAACAGAGGUCCCCUGCAUGGGCUCCACCUUGCAAGCUGACUCCCACCCUGUGGUAUGGAGUCAUCAUAGGCUGCUUCCUCUCCUUCAUGCUCAGGGCUACUCGGAAGAGAGGAACAAGGCUGGGUUUCUCCGUCUGCUGUGUUUCUUCAGUGGACUCUAAAAACUGGUCUGAUCUGCUUCUGGAAAUGACUCCCUUUCAGCAUGGAGUUCUUGGAGAAGCCUUUGGUCUAAGGGAAGUCGCAGGCAGGAAAAGUUAUGGUUGCCUGGAAGGGAGCGUCCUUUGAGGAAAAGACCUAAGAAGCCAGUCUGGUUUUAGUUUUUCCUUCCCACCUUAUGUGCAGGAAGGGCCGCUCAGUGUCCAUGGAACGUGGAAGGGAGUCUCUGCCGUUGGUCUCCUCUACGUCUUAGAGGUGCGAGGCUGAUACCAGGGGCCUCCGGGCAGUGGAGGUCACAAAGACAGCACAGUUUUCUACCCUGGAAGUCUCACACGAGCAUGCACAGAGGCGUGCCCCCUGCUUCACCAGCGUCCCUGGCCUGUGCUGGCUGGAGGGGGUGCGGGGGUGGCACAUAUGCUAUUGGGCAGAUGCCCUAUGUCAGGAGGUAAGGGGCUAGGAGGAUCCCAUGGGGACGGCUCCGGUCCUGUCCCUGCCGCUAGAUGCUAUAAAUAUGCUAGCACUUGAGCAACUGGAGGGCCGUGAGUAAUUUAGGAUGCACAGAGCUGUAAUUUAACUCGCAGCAUCUCCAAGUGUGAGAGCAUUAAAGAUGUAAUUAAGAUGUUUACACAAAGAGAAUGGAGUCUGUGACACUUGGGGUGCCAAACCCCAGGAGGGGACACAAUGGGUGAGGUGAGGAUCCGUGGGAGGCCUGGGGACAGUCACAUGGACUCCAGCUAUGAGAUGGCAGGCAGCCCGGCUGUUUUUCUUGAUCUAUCCAUGGAAAUGCUUUGGCCUAGAGUUCAAGGUUGCUCUGAGGCCUCACACUUACUCAGAGAUAGGGUGACAAUGCCUGAAAUACCUUGCGGGGGUGGGGGUAUGGACAGCUCAAGAGGAAAGACUCUUGUGAGGUCAGGUCAGGAAGAGGGAUUGAUCCCCAAGGAUUGUGGGGUGGCAUAUGGUGCCUCUGGACCCAUAGGAGCUAUGUCUGAAAUACAAGAGUAAAACCGUUUCCUAUGGAACACAAAGUACAGGGUAAAUGGCAUGGGAUGUGGGAGUCAAUAUGGUUGUAUACAUGGGACCUACCUGUUAGGCUCAGAAAGAGUUAAGGGAAAAUGUCACUAUGGUGACCAGUUUGCCCAGGAAUGCCCCAGUGUUAGUGUUGAAAGUUCUGUGAGAGAGCGAGCUGAGGUUUGGACAAGCAUGUUGGAAACAUGGAUGGAGUUAGCCUCAAAGUUUCAUGAUGGAGGUCUGGGCUGAAGGAGGGGGCUGUAGGUCACAGGACAGGACUUCAGGCGAGGCUGAGAACCGUGUCUCCCGUGGGCCACACACACGAGUUACAGUUGGGCCUGUCAGUGAUAGAUUUGCUGUUAGGAAAAAAAAAAAAAAAACCUCCUCUCAGAAGACUGGCCGGGGCAUGGGGUGAGCAAGUGGGCUGUGUGUCCCCGCAUUAUAGUCAGCCCCUUGGUUCAGGUAUGUGGGUGCUGCAGAUCUCUUGGUACCCUGCAGAAACGGUGCCUGGGGAGUAAGGGUGACACCCAGGGACCAGGGCUGAUGAGGGAUGUAGGAGAACCCCCAUGCCCUUCUCUUCUGCUGCACGAUCAAGUUCCCCUUCCUGAAGGGUGGGCCUGGCUAAGAGACAGACACAGGCUGCUCUCUCUGUGUGGCAGGGCACCUACUUAUAGACUGUACCUUCGCAGUAAAUUGUCCCUUCUA